AUGACGUUAAAUAAAUACAACUUGAGUGAAGUGCGUAUCAUUGUUUCAGCCAUAGAUAAAAGAGAUGGGGACAGCAGAGGCUUCUUGUUUCCAGAAGAAGUAUGCUAUGGAACACUGGGAUGUUUCUCUAAUAGUUUCCCGUUUAUAAACGCGAUGGGAAAGUUGCCAAACUCACCUGAUCUCAUUAAUACCAAGUUCUUCCUUUUCACACUAGAGUCAUCAACUGACUAUGAUGAACUCGGUGAUUGUUACGUCAUUGCCGUUGAUUGGAGUAACGGCGCAGUAGCGCCUGAUUAUCUGCAAGUGGUUGCUAAUACAAGAGUUGUAGGAGCGGUAGUGGAAGUUUUGAGGGAUGAAAACGGCUUCGACCUUGCUGACAUGCACAUAAUUGGACACAGCCUAGGUGCAAUGUAGCCGGAUACGCAUGUAGCCGGAUACGCCGGCAAGAACUUUGAGAAUAUUGGCAGAAUAACAGGGCUAGACCCAGCUGGACCAGCAUUUGAGUACACUCUUCCGAAUGUUCGCUUAGACCGAACUGAUGCAACUUUUGUAGACGUCAUUCAUACAGACAGCAUACUUACUGGUUAUGGUAUGAUAAGGUCGGCUGGCACAGUGGAUUUCUAUCCAAAUGGAGGGAAAGAUCAACCCGGAUGUCCCGGUGUCCUGCAUGCGCUUAUUGAUCGGUUUAAGCAAGAGAUUUUGAACCUACGCGUUAAUGGCCAUUAUUGCAGCCAUCAGCGUUCAGUGAAGUUUUUCAUCGAAUCAAUCAACAGCGAGUGCCAAUUUAAAGCAUACACAUGCCUCUUCUUGUCAAUUCUGUGCACUCCUGGUGGAUUCAUGGGAUUUCAUGCAAGCUCUUCUAUGACUCCGGGACGAUACUACUUACUACAAACAAAUCCAGACGAACCUUAUUGUAUUGAUUAAGAUGUACCUAAACGUUUAAGUAGCCUCAAGUUAGUUACUUAUUCCCUAUACCUUAUUUCCUAUUCGCAGUAAAAUUAAUUUGGCAGUGUGCAAAACUUAGGUUUACUCGUAACUUAUUAAAACACACUUUUCAAUCAAUAGAACCCAGUUACAGUUCAGUCUAAAUCGAGAUCGUGCGAAUGAAUAUAAUGAAUGUCGAAUAAGUAAUUGUUUACAUAAUCCUCGAUAUCCGCUAGAAAAUUUUCGAUGGCCUCUCCUUACAUAUGUACACAUACUUUUCCGUCGAUAGGACCAUAUGUAACUUGUUAUGUACAGCACAAUCCAACUAAAACAUUCCGCGAUUGAAAAAAAAAACCUCCUGAAUGUGGAAUAAAUAACUGAUUCGUUAGAAACUGUCUGAUGGACUGCCGACAUAGGAAACUUAGAAUUCAUCUUACAAUUUAAGAUACAUUUCCUUGGUAAUUACAGUUGUAGACCACUAAAUUAAGCGAAAAGAUAAGAUGUCAAUAAAAA